CAACUGGCCUCUGCGGACCUUCCCUUCACCUUCCCAGUGGAUGUGGUAGUGGAAGAACCCAACAGAAAGACCUGUAAAUACUUCCCAGGCAACAGGACAUGGCUGAAGACAGAAGAAGGAGGCAGCACGAACUUUGGAGAGAAGAGCAGAGACAAGGAGAGAUGGUCAUUGGCAGAAGAUGCUGAGUGGUUGAAGAUGACUUUGAAGGGUGAUGCUGACUGUAGAAAAAAUGCAGAUGGAUUAGAUGAUGCUCCAUUGCCUCCUAGAGGACAGCCUGUUGGCACCGAAACCAGGCUCCAGGCACUGGAACCAGCUAGCUGUUCCCCAGACCGCAUCUUUAAAGUGGUGUUUGUAGGGAGCUCUGGCGUUGGGAAGAGUUCCUUCAUCCACCGCUUCUGCUAUGACAGGUUCUUGGCUGAGCUCAAUGCAACCAUUGGUAUUGAUUACCAGGUGAAGAGUCUGAUGGUGGAUGACACCCAGGUUGCCUUACAGCUAUGGGAUACAGCUGGACAAGAAAGGUUUCGGAGCAUUACCAAGCAGUAUUUCCGGAAGGCGGACGGGAUUCUGGUGAUGUACGACAUUACAGCUGAGUGCUCCUUCACAGCAGUGCGGAACUGGAUGAGCAGUGUUCAGGAAGGUAUCGAGGAUGGAGCUGUGGUCUUUCUGCUUGGAAAUAAAAUGGAUGCUGCACAGGGAGCAACAUGGAAUGUGCCCAAGGUGGAGGGGGAAAGGCUGGCGAAGGAAUACAAGGCUGUCUUCUACGAGUGCAGCGCGAUGACUGGCUAUAACAUCAUGGAGCCCAUGCUGCACAUGGCCAGGUUGCUGACAGCACAAGAAGACAAGCAGAGGGAGAAUGCCCUGCAGCUGGAAGACGUCAGCAGGAGGAAAGGGUGCUGCACAUAA